GGUUUAAAAUGCCGUAUCCCCUGCGAUAACGGGGACACCCAUGUAAUUGGAGACAAGCAGUGACCUAGGAAACGUGCCGCUGCCUGGGGAGCGCCAGGGCAUGUCUGGAGCCGACGCUGGACAUGACAGCAUGCGAACCGUCGGUAGCAGGGUGUUGAGGAGGCGGGCCCCUGCCCCUGUUACACAAGAAGCAACAGCCCAACAACUACGAGAAGUGGAAGCAAUACAUUCGGCAGAAGAACAAGAAGCCCCUCUACCUGCAGGCUCUCCCACCGUAAGGAGGACUGCCCGUAGGAGACCUCGCACUGAACGAAUCAAGUGGAGCCGCGAACUAAACAUUGAUGUGAUGCGAGCUUACUACUACGUAAAUCAGUGCGAUGACAACCCACUUUCAGGAUGGAGACAUUCCCUCCAUUGUGAAUUUACCAGAAGACACCCAGAAUUACAAUUAACUGAGCAGAAUAUCGCUGAUCGCAAGAACUUCAUAAUUAGGAAAGGCUUUUUGACACACACGGAGCUAGCAUGUAUCAGACGAGAGGUAGGCAACCUUAUUAACCAAGAACAGGUGGUUCAAAACGAUUUGGAACAGAGGCCAGAACACCUAGCUCAACAAGAAGAACUAAUAACUCCGCAGGAGGACCUGAUCAACAGAAGACGACGUCACUCUGUUACCCAACAACGAAUGGCUGAAAAAUUCUACAGCCUUUUAUCCCACUAUCAGGAUACUGAUCCUUUAAUACGUCCAGCUUUACCUAAGUUGAAGAGCAUCUUCAAGGCCAAUUAUAACAUCAAAAUGACGAAUGAAAUAGUAAAGGAGUACCUAACGACCCCACGAACACUAGAAGAGGUGCACCUGGCUAUCUAUUGUGCUGCAGUAUUUAUUUUAGAACUUAAUGGCAUCAAUCAACAAGCCAUCAGAAUGCCUUUCAAUGAAAAUGAGAGCCAACCAAAUGCUGACGUAGACCAAAUAGAGAACACAGAUGAUCCAGACAAUCAACCACAAAGUGAUGAAGAUAAUAUUGCACUGGAUUCAGAUUAUGAAUUAUAA